AUGGCAUUGAUGGAGAGUGAGAGGCUCCAUAUUCCUGAAGAGUUACUAAUUAGAGAUUUUGUGGACUCAAUUCAAGCAAUUGUUACAAGUACAUAUUUAGGUCUACUUCAAAAUUACACAAAUCUAGAUUUCCUUUCGUGUCGAACAAUUCUAGCAUCAAUUAUUGAAAUAGUUGACGACAUAAAUGACUACAUAGCUAAUCUUCUUCCAGGUGACUGUAAAGAAUAUUUGAGUUGUGAUUCCAUUGAUAGAUCGGAAGCAAAUGAUAAUCAUGCUUUCAAGCAUUUGACACCAAAAUUUUUGAGUUGUCUGAAAAUUUUUGGUUUGCCUAACCAUUCAUUGAAAUUGAAAAUUGGCACAACCAUCGUGUUGAUAAGGAAUUUGGAUCAAUCAGAAGGAUUUUGUAAUGGUACAAGGUUGACAUAUACUAAAUUAGUCAAUCAUGUAAUAGAAGCAAAGAUAAUUUCAGGUGCAAAUAUUGGAAACAUUAUUUACAUAACGAGAAUGUCUUUGUCUCCUUCUCAAUCUCCAUGGCCAUUCAAACUUAUCAUAAGACAAUUCCCAAUUAUAGUGUCAUUUGUUAUGACAAUCAACCAAUCUCAAGGUCAGUCGUUGGAUUAUGUUGGUCUAUAUUUGCCCAAGAAUGUUUUCAGUCACGGACAAUUUUAUGUUGUUAUUUCAAGAGUUAAGAGUAAAGCUGGAUUGAAAAUCUUAAUACAUGACAAAAACAAUAACUCUUUGACUGAAACAACAAAUGUUGUCUUCAAAGAAGUUUUUCACAACCUUUCACACACUACCAUUUUUGAAGAAACAAUACAAAUGACACCAUGCAAAUGUUAUGUCAUCUAUUAA